AUGGUGCUCUCGGAUACAUCCGGCCGAGCAAUCGGAUGGCGUUCCGGGUCGGCUGGCGCCAUGCCAAGGCCGUAUCUCACAGAGCAUGCGAAUGCCCCGAGCAAAGUCGAUGCGGAUAACGCCAGCCUAUUGUUCCGGAUCAACUCUGUGCCUCGGUACUGCAUUAUGGAGACUCCUUCAGCAUCCUCUGUCCCAGGACCCAUUGCCUUAUCUUCGUGGCUUGCUGCGAACGCGGACAAUCUGAAGCCACCAAUAAACAAUCGUUGCCUAUACUCUGGCAAAGACUUCAUUCUGAUGGCCGUUGGUGGACCGAACACAAGGAAUGACUAUCACAUUAAUGAGACAGAGGAAUGGUUCUACCAGAUCAAAGGCGAGAUGCUCCUCAAGAUCGUCAAGAACGGCUCCUUUCGAGAUAUUGUCAUCCGAGAAGGAGAGACAUUUCUCGUUCCAGCAAACACUGCCCACUCUCCGAGAAGGUACAAAGACACAAUUGGCCUGGUCAUGGAAUGCACUCGACCUGCUCAGAUGAUCGAUCGCAUAAGAUGGUACUGUGAAAAUGAGGAGGCGCAUAAGGGUACUCCGACGAUCAUACGAGAAGAAGCUUUUUAUUGCAAAGAUAUUGAGGAACAACUGAAACAGGUGGUUAAUGACUGGAUGGAAAACGAAGAUAAGCGGAAAUGUGGUUCAUGUGGGCAGAUUGCUCCACCACAUUGA